AUGGCUUUGGGCGUCAGCGAGGAAAGUAGGCUCAUCGCCUCAUUUCUCACGAUGGCACGUUGGAGAGGUGGAAAGCUCCCCGCCUAUGUGGAGAGAGUUCCCUUGGCUAGAAGACGCAAACCCGAUACGUGGAUGGUUGUUGGAGUGGAAAUUGCGUUAGUUUUCGUGGCUAUUUGCACAGGAGUUUUUGUUUAUUAUCGAGCCCAUGAUCUGCCCUUUUAUGCUACGAAAUUCUAUGCCCACCUGGGCUCUUCCGAGGCGCAGCACCUAUUGAGCCAGUACUAUCUCAGCCGUCGGGACGAGGAUCCAGAGCAUGCUAAACAAGCUGAACACUGGCUCACAAAAGCAGCCGAGGCCGGUCACGGCGUCGCAUCCUAUAACCUGGCAGUGGCCCACAUCCGCGGCGACCUGCCUUCCAACUCCACUCCAGAAGCGAGUCAUCUCCACAGACUCCUCUCCCAAGCUGUCCAGCAAGGUGUUCAUGAGGCACUUGGGUUGUUGCACUACUGUGGACAUGGCCAGUGCUUCAAGCAACAAAGGAGGAGGCGACAACAAGAGCGGCAGUUACGGGAUAAACAACUGCAUAGUUCUUUGGACCGUGACCCCUAA